AUGUUAUCCACCGAAUCACCAGCUAGCCCCUCAAGUCGAAAGGAGAUCAGUCGGGCAGGACAGUGUCGUACCUUCAUCCACUGUCCCAAGAACAGUGAAGUAUUUCUCCUAAUCAGCUCUUUCAAGCUAGGCGUAUUGACGCAUCGCCAUUUUAACCUUCGCUCUAAGAUCCAUAAUGCUAGAGGGAGCGUCAAAUGUUUAGUUGAGCUAAAUAGACAUAGCGUUUAUUCCGGUCAGCGAACCGACGAGCAGACCCAAGUCCAUCAUGUGGUAGAAGCCGGCGGGGGGAUCAAUCGAAGUGCCCAGAACCAACAAGAGGCCCGGGCGCGCAACCAGGUGGAAGGCUUCAAACGUCAACAGAGAUCACACAACUUCGAUCCCGGCGUUCCGCAAUUAAACACUCGGUAUCAUUUGUCAUCAACGCUGGAAGAUCAACCUCUGACAGCGGCUUCUAGAUGCGCAUCAGACGUUGGCGGAUAUGAUCGGCAAAACAGUAAUUCUCAGAUCGGUUACCGUUCAGGAUACUCCAUCCAGCCCCAAAACGACUGUUAUCAACCAGCAGCUUUCACGAGCUCAUGUUACAAGAACAGCAAUAUUUUAGGUUAUAAUAACAUUCCAUCCGAUCUCACAUAUCCGCUUCAGCCAAACGUGAGUCCACCAGCUUGGAGUGGGAAACACUGCGAUCAAAUGAAUUAUGGAGCUCAUUUGGAUGCACUGAGCGGAGCUGCAGCUUCCUACCAGGCCUCCACUGAAGGCUGUUGCGUGAGCGAGAAUCCGAAGAGAUACGUCAAAGCUGGCCAGGUUUUCAAGCUCCUGUGGCACGAGUCCGGAGGCAAAACAGGAACGACGCCGACUUAA